AUGGUGGAGCAACAGCAGAAGGCUCAAGCCGAGCGGAUAGCACAACAGGCGACGUCGGCUUCGGGUGGCCGAGCGGCCCCUGAAGACCGACCGGAGCAGCUUUCGAUAUGGGGGCAGAACAAAGGUCCGACCGGCACUCAAGUGGAAGCACCACCCGCCCCGAUACCGUUCCACCGGGCUUUGUUCCAGACACCAUCAGAAGUCGCGCAGGCCAACCUCGACCGAGGGUCUUCAUCCGACGAGGCUACCGAGCGGCUGAAACUGCGAGCCGCCGAGAUCGAGGCAGCCAAGAACAAGGAGAUCGCCGAGCGGGGCCUUGCUCCAGCGGAUCCGGCCAGCGAAGAAGGUGAGGGGACUCAGGAUGUCCCCGAAGCCCUAGCCGCUCCUGCCUCUCACGACGAGGCUGCGGGCGACCUAGAACCCUCCACUCAAGUCGAGGUGGAGGGUCGUUCGGCCGACGACGUUCCUCUGGCAACUCGGAAGCGCAAACAGCCGGAGGCAACCUCUCAACCGAUUCCAUCCGAUGAACCGCAAUCCGAGCGGGGCGACGAAGCUCCAGUGUUGUCCGGGGCGGUUUCUAUUGAGAGUACCCCGACGUCGCUCGGCUCUCCAAGGGCAACCUCUGAGGUGCCGCCCUCCAGUCCUCCAAGAACGCUGCGACGUAUUAAGCGAUUGGGCGACCGUCCUUCCUCCUCCGCCGGUGAGCCGUCCGGCAAGGCUACUGCUUCUAAAGGUGAUCCGAGUGGUCCGACAUUGAUAAAGACCAUCUUGCGCCUCCCGUCUGAAGAAUACAUGGCAGCCGCUGAUCGGCCUAUCGUCCCCGAGCAGCAAAUCACACUCAUGGGUACCCUCGCCAAAGUUUGGGAGGAUGCUCGUCUUCGGAUCGCCAUGAUGACUCCUGGUCAGCUCGGCGACAGCAAUCUACAACAGGCGACCGAGGACGAACUGAAGAAGCUCAAGGCUGUGGGGGACAGUAGACAAUCGACGGCCGCUCUGGAGAAGGCCAAAAGGUUGCUGGAAGCUGAGCGGAGUAAGACUUUCGGCUUGACAAGCGAGGUUGCCCGCCUCGAAGCCUUAGUCAAGCAGCGGGAUAAAGAAGUAAAGACCGCGACCGCUCGAAAGCUCAAGGCCAUUGAUGAUAUGGACUUGAUGAAGGUGGAGAACCGGGGGCUGGAACAACAGGUGAAGGAGCUAGACGCCUCCAUAACUGCCGAGCGGGAGGGUCGCUCCGCCGAUCGGACCAAAGCAGAAGGAGCCUUGCAAGAUCUUCAGGCUGCCCUGGAUGCUUCCCAGACCGCUCUCAAGGAUUACCACGAUGGAGAGCCCGGUCGAUCGGCGGAGGUACGCAAAGCCUUCGUCCGCUCGGACGAGUUUGGCGAGAAAUUUACCGACAAGCUCUCCUUGACUUUUGAGGAGGCAAUCAAAGUGGUGGUGGACUACAUGAAGAACAAAGGCCAUGCUCCUGCCGAUCUGUCCGUCCCUGCCGAAGACCUGGCGACCAUGAUGGGCUCCAUCCCUGACCAUCUUUUUAAUUUUGAUGACUAA